UUGCAGUCAAUUCAGUGAAUGCUAUGAAUGAUGAGAGUAUCCGACUUACUAUGGAUUGUCUUGACUAUUGUCUUAUUGGUGUCCACUUUCUCACUCCAAUUACUUCUCAUUACCUUCUCGUCCAUCCUCUUCGCUAUCAUUGGAUGCCUGUCCUCUCUAUACGUGAACCACCCGACAGUCCAAAGCGAUUACCAGAUCUUCAAAUCGUGUCAUUCAAUACAAAUGAUUGACUCAAAUGACGAGUGGAAGGAAUUCGUGGAUAAUCUCAGUGCCAAUCCUGUGGUCCACAGAGACGGUUUCCGGCUACAGAAGUGGCCACAUAGCGGGUUAGUCCUCAAUACUCUUCAUCUCUACUCCAUCGCUCAGUUGGCCAUCAAAUCAGUCACUCAAAGGUUUCAUUCAAUGGAUAUCGUGUCAUAUAUGACAACCAAAUUAGUCGAUGAUUUUGCCUCUCAUUUAAGGCUUUAUCGUUUGGCACAGAAUAAACUCAAAGAACUUAAAGUCAACGACCCGAACGCAAACCUAUUGUCGAUAUUCUUUGACUUUGAAGUAUCGAUGGAACGAAACAUUUGCCGCGAUUUGGUCAGUGAAGACAAUGAGAGCUGUUCCGACUAUUUAUCCCAAAUCUGUGAUAUUCUUCAAUAUUUAUUACUUCCAAUCGAUUGCUUGACUUUGAAGUAUCGAUGGAACGAAACAUUUGCCGCGAUUUGUAUAGAGCAAAGUUCGCUAACAUUCAUUAAUAUAUUGCGUUUGUGUGAUAAAAGCGAAGAGUUGGAGGCCGUCCGGCAAAUGGUUAACCACGAGAUUGCUUUCCUUCGCUCCAAAGUACGAGUUGUUUGUUAUUUGAGAUCAUCGGUCUCUCAUAUUUCAUUGAAUUCAUGUCAAGUAUCGGCGCUCUACGAUGACUUUGAAAUCAAGCAACAGUUGAGUAGUCUUUUAUUCGUCAAGGAUUUGAUUGAAAGUCGCCUGAAGUCUGUAAAUGAGGGCAGUUUUGACUCGGACUCCAACGGAAUUCCAACCCAAAUCGAUUGGAAUAAUACGAAACUCUUUUCACUCCCAUUUGAUGUGGUAUUGAAGAACAGCAUCGGUCUCUCAUAUUUCAUUGAAUUCAUGUCAAGUAUCGGCGCUCAGGAAUACGUGUACUUCUAUUUGAAUGUCGACGCCUUCAAAGUGUCGGCCGAACAACAGAUAUCGGAGGCAGAGCUCAUAAAACUUGGGAAAUCGGAGUCCUAUAAAUCAGUUGAUUUGGAAAGUCUUAAAGAGGCGGCCGUUAAUAUAUACGACACAUAUUUGUCUGGAAAGGCUUCCCAUAAACUCAAAUUAGAUGAAACUAUUUGUAAGAAUAUUCACUCAAGAAUUAUGACCGAAAAGUUGUCAGAAAACUGGUUCGAUUCGGCUCACCAUCAGGUCUAUGAUGUUAUGAUGAAUAACGACCAGUUCUUCAGUGCUUUUAAAAAGAGUAAUCAUUACAUCAAACUGUUAGCAGAACUUGAUUUACUCAAAGAACUCAAUUGUAAACCAGAGGAAGACAGUGAGCCAUCGACGAAGUGUGACGACAAUGACACCAAUUCUAUCAAUUCAAUCACAUUUGAUGACUGCGAUAGUCUCAACUCUCUGGAGGAUAUUGUGUUGGCAUCCGAUAAUAUAUCCAUUACUAGUGAGGGUUCGGGCACAUCCAACUCAACGUCUGGUUACAGCACUUCCAACACUACUUUGUGUGCGACCGGAGAGCUGGAAAUGAGCGCUGAGAUCAUCAAAACAGGUGUCAUCCGUGAGUUUGGCAACGCUUACGCCGCUUAUGUCAUAAAUGUGACCAAAAAGACUAAUAAUUCGCCCGAAGAAAAGUGGGUUAUUUUGAGACGUUAUUCAGACUUCCAUUCAUUUCAUCAAAAUAUUACUGACAAAUACCCGAAUCUAAAGAGUCUAACACUUCCCGGCAAAAGAACUUUCAAUAAUAUGAAUAAAGAGUUUUUGGAGCAGAGGAAGCAUUUGCUGAACACAUACUUAAAUCAAUUACUUAAGACCUCUAAAUUGAGACCAGAUCUUAGAGAACAAGUGCUUCACUUCUUCAGACCCGGAAACUACGAGAAGGAAAAGUUCCAGUUCUCCAAAAGUGUCCAAAACUCCAUAUUUAAUCCAUUGAAGUCAUCGGUGAUGAAUGUGGGAAAUGUGAUGAAGAAUAGUUCCGGUAAUUUCUUAGACGGUUUGCAGCGGUUGAGUCGAAUGAGUUCACUCACGUCCACCAAUCCAUCACAACCUCUUCAGUCCACUAAAAGUAGUUUUAAAGUUAAUUUUCCAAAUGAAGCCCAAAACCCAAAGUUGCAAACAAUUAAUCCAAGCGAGAGCUCCAAAGUGUCGGCUAAUCUAGACAUCGAUAGUGAAGACAAUAUUCCGCUAAGAAUUAUGUUGUUAUUAAUGGACGAAGUGUUUGAUUUGAAGAAUAAGAACCUAUGGCUGCGACGAAGAAUUGUCACGUUUUUAAGACAAAUAAUUCAUAUGACAUACGGGGACGCCAUCAACAAGAAAAUCAUUGACUACGUCGAAGACCUGACCAGUGCUCCAUCGGUUGCCGAUUAUAUCAAAGCCUUUAAGAACUCGUUUUGGCCGAGCGGUCAGUUGGCUCAACCCCUCCCACCUCGGAGUCAGAGCACCAAAAUGAGGACCAGAGUGGCCGCCAAAAUGCUUUUGCUGACGAGUCUUUCGGAUGACUUGAAGCGCAUUAUAGGCAGUGAGACGAGUCGUAAGGGCCUGAUGUGUGUCUUCGAGAUGUUUCAACACGAAAACCUCAACCGACGACUCGUUUUAGUGCUAUUCGAAGGCAUUCUUCAGCAGUUAUUCCCAGACAAUCAUUUCGAGCAAAUAUUUCAAAAACUUCACUCAAAGUCGACGAGAAUUCCCGAGUCGGAGAAGAAGGCCAACAAUUGGCCGCCAUAUCUCUAUCGCUUCUUAGGAGUGGACAAGUCUUGUGCUAAAUCUCCCACAAAGUCACCCAUUCAUCGGCGAAAGAAGACAUAAUAUUUGUUAUCAAUUAGUUUUGGUUAAUAUAUGACUGAUUGUGUGAUCUUUUAUUUUUAUUAAUACUGAUUAGCAGUUUGUUUAAGUGUUUUAAAUGUAUAUUUUGAUUGACUAGUCGUUGUGGCAAAC